AGUAUCUACAUUGACUUACGCGGCAGAGUGGAAAAACACGAAUCCAAAAUAUGGCAAGUUCGUCAAGACACGAAACAAACAAAGUUUGUUGUUAUGCACAUCCAGAUGCGCCUCUUAUUGAAGACUAUAGAGCUGGCGAUCAAAUUUGUUCAGAAUGUGGAUUAGUUGUAGGAGAUAGGUAAAUAGAUGUUGGUUCAGAAUGGAGAACAUUUAGUAAUGAGAAAGCUGGAGUUGAUCCAUCACGCGUUGGUGGACCAGAAAAUCCUCUUCUUAAUGGUUCAGAUUUAUCUACGAUGAUUGGCCCUGGAACUGGUGCAGCAUCAUUUGAUGCUUUCGGUGCUUCAAAAUAUCAAAACAGACGUACAAUGAGUAGUUCUGAUAGAGCAUUGAUCAAUGCAUUUCGUGAAAUCAAUGGAAUGGCUGAUCGUAUUAAUCUUCCUAAAACUAUUGUUGAUCGAGCAAAUAACUUAUUUAAACAAGUACACGAUGGUAAAAAUUUAAAAGGACGUGCAAAUGAUGCCAUUGCUUCAGCCUGUUUAUACAUUGCCUGCAGACAAGAAGGUGUACCUCGUACUUUUAAAGAAAUUUGUGCAGUCAGUAAAAUCAGUAAAAAGGAAAUAGGAAGAUGUUUUAAAUUAAUAUUAAAAGCACUUGAAACUAGUGUAGAUCUUAUUACUACGGGAGACUUCAUGUCAAGGUUUUGUUCUAAUCUUGGAUUGCCUAACAUGGUACAAAGAGCUGCUACACAUAUUGCAAGAAAGGCAGUUGAAAUAGAUAUUGUACCUGGAAGAUCACCAAUUUCAGUAGCAGCUGCUGCAAUCUAUAUGGCAUCACAGGCAUCAGAAGAUAAACGAUCACAAAAAGAAAUUGGUGAUAUUGCUGGUGUAGCUGAUGUUACAAUCAGACAGUCUUAUAAACUAAUGUAUCCUCAUGCAGGAAAACUAUUUCCAGAAGAUUUCAGAUUUGCAACACCUAUUGAUCAAUUACCACAAAUGUAA